CUUCGUCCUUCUCCAGGUACCUGCUGUGUGCGGCCGGAGACUUCGUCAAGAUGUACAGCGUGGCCACCGAGGAGACGCUGCAGCUGAUGGGGGGCCACGCCGACCUGGUGACGGACAUCCAGCUCAACCCCCACAACUGCAUGCAGCUCUAUUCUUCCUCUCUUGAUGGCAGCAUUAAGCUAUGGGACUUCAUGGAUGGGAUUCCCAUUAAGACUUUCGCUGUAGGACCCAAACUUCUGGCGCUGUACGCACUUCCUAAUUGUGAGGACUCGGUGUUUGUUGUAAUUCCAAAGAGCGGAGAAAGAGAUACAUUCCAGCUGGUCUCAGUUAAGCUGACAAAAGCAGCAGGCCAGGAUGUGGAAGCCAAGGAGCUGUCAGUGGUAUUGGAUGGUGUGGACGCGUCACCGAAGCGUACUGCAUUUGGAAGAGAAGGUGAAUAUGUGGCAUCAGUGAAGGACAUUCAUCUCCAGGUUUAUUUUUUUAAACAGAAACAGUUGAACAGGUUUUCUGUAAGUGCAACAAAGACAAAAAGUGGGAACAAUCACUUCACCUGCAUAGCGUGCCAUCCUACGCAGGACUGUAUUGCAACUGGCCACGCUGAUGGAAAGAUUCGCCUCUGGAGGAAUUUCUACCACAGGAAAGAGUACACAUUUACCACGCUGCACUGGCAUCACGAUUCUGUCAUGGAUCUAGCUUUUUCUAUAGAGGGAACCAGCUUGCUGAGUGGUGGAGUUGAAUCUGUUCUAGUUCUGUGGCACAACGAAUCAGACUGUCAGAAGGAUUUCCUUCCUCGUUUGGGAUCUGCUAUUGAGUACAUCUCCAUGUCACCUGAUGGCACACUCUGUUGCACUUUGCACACAGACAACAGAAUUACAAUAAUCAACAGCAACCUAAGAUUUUCCAGAAGUAUUCAAGGACUAAUCAAAAGUCCGGAUGUCAAGACUGGUCUGGUGGUUGAUCCUAGAACCAAAGCUUUGGUCCUGAACGGAGAGCCUGGCCACUUGCAGUUCUACUGUCUCCAGAGUGACCAACAGCUGUUCAGUUUGGAUAUUGUGCAACGACAGUACAUUCAUCAGGCAGGUUUAAAACAAGCCGACUUGGUAAAAGUCGCGUUUAGCGCGCGAGGCAAGUGGCUAGCAACAGUAGAGGAGAGAGAAGAAGUGACUGACCCUGAGUUACAGUUGAAGCUGUGGUUCUAUGAUGAAGAAACACAAAGCUUUAAGCUGAAUACCAGAAUAAAUAUGCCCCAUGAUGACCACAUAACAGACAUGUGCUUCCGUGACAUGGAUGAAUUGGAAGAUGACUCUCUGAUACUGGUAACAGCUGGCAGAGAUUGUGUGUUUAAAGUCUGGAUGAUGGUAGAAGACACCGAUCCGGAGGCACAGCAGAGCGUGAGCUGGAGCUGUGACUUUGUCGGCAGCUACCACAACUACCAGGCUACUAACUGCUGCUUCUCAGAAGAUGGCUCUUUGCUUGCUGUUAGCUUUGAAGAAACUGUCACUGUGUGGGAUUCGGUUACUUGGGAUCUUAAGUGUACAUUUUGCCAUCCACCUGGAAAAAUAAGGAACAUCUGCUUUGGGAGACUAACAUGUUCCAAGUACCUUAUUGGUGCCACUGACUGCGGCUUUUUGUGUUGCUGGAACCUGCUCAGUUGUGCAUUGGAGUGGAGUGCCCACCUCAAUGUCUUACUUCUGCAACCUGAUCCCCUUUCAGAACAUAUUGCUGCUGUCUCAUGGCUCUCAAAAGAGUCCAGCUUGUUUGUGUUUAAACCAAACGAGCCACGGCCUGUCUAUAUCCAGAGAAACCUCUGUAAAGAAAAGAUCCAGCUUGCUGCCUUUGUUCCAAGAGAUGAACCUGAAAUUAUUGGCUCGGAGAAAUACCUUUGGCUAAGAAGAUCCCAACUAUUUUUUCUUACGGAUACACAAGAGCUGAUGACGCUUAGUGCAAAGUCCCUAGAAGAAAGGCUUACACCCUCAAGCAAACAGCUGGCAGUAGAAGAAAGUCUGCCGGUGACCCCAUUUAGCUUGCUGUUGGGAAAGCACAGGCGUCAGCGAUCACAAGAGGGCACAGACCUUGGAAAAGUGAUUGUUCGUAAUAAGCAUGAGCAAGAUUCGCCUGCUGUCAAAGAGCUUUUGCACACUCCAGCACACGUUUUGCCAUCUGCUUCCUUCCUCUGUCCUAUAUUUAUCAAUUCAUUGCUCAUCUCCAAAGAGAACAAAAGUGCUGAAGAAGUAGCUGAUGAAGUAGAAAUGGAAAGUGAAAAAACAGAGGAUGACUCAGAUGAGGAAAGAGAAAUUACUGAAAUGGAACAAGAAGAUACAAGUCCUACGGAAUUGUUAGGAGAGAUGACUUGUAAACUGUCUAAAUCCCAGGAAAAGGAGUUACGAAAAAUAAGAAAAAUGGACUACAGUUGGAUAUCAGCUUUCUAA